AAUAUUCACAAUCACAAAUACUUUUCUAACCUUACUUUUUUUAUUUACAUUUCUUUCCCAGUAUUUUGAACUUGAUUAAUGUUUUCUUGAAAAAUGGAAGAAUCCGCGCACUCAACUCUGCCAAAUUCCGAUUUAGAGAUUAACGUAGACGACGGCGAACUGUUUACAAAUGUAACAGCCCCACAACCGGAAAAGGAACAGCCGAAGAAACUACCAAAACUACCACUAACCAGAGUAAAAACUAUAAUGAAACUGGACCCAGAGAAUGGGAAAAUUAGUCAGGAUAGUGUUGUCCUAGUCACAAAGGCAGCAGAGCUGUUCUUGCAGUAUUUGGGAAGAGAAGCCGCGAAAUACGCAAUGCAGUCAAAAAGGAAAACAGUUCAAAGGCGUGAUAUUAAUACAGUAAUCGAUAGCGUACCUCAGCUUUGUUUUUUAGAAGGGGCAUUAGAUUAAAACUCAAUUUUUGUAUAAACAAAAUGUAAUUCGUCAGACAACUAAAGCAUGAAGAGGAAUAUAUUGUUUAAUAUUA